AGGCCCAACCCUCACUGCGCCCCAGCCUUAGGAAGAGUGGCUUCCAACUUUAAAGCCUGUACCUUUCCCUGGAGACAGAAAGAGUAUCUCUCUGAGGGGUAACAUCAAGAAAAAGAGCAAGAGGAAGAACUGGUUUGUCAGUUAAGCUCUGCUAUGCUCUGGGCGCAGAGAAUGAGGAAAAACUGAGACAGAAGGAAGGAGGGAUCAAAAUAGAAGAAACAAAAGACAAAAGACUGGAAAACAUAAGGCAGCAUAAAAUCGCAGCAGAGGAACAAAGAGAGAGCGACCAAGGAACACACACAAAGAACCUGCCAUUAAGAGAGAAAGCGAAAAAGUCACCUGCACACUAUAUGGAUACAUGCUCAAAAAUACUCCCUGACAAAAAAGAUCAAAACACUGAUGAUGACCUCACACACAGGCUUUGGUCACACUCAGAGUACUGCUGCACACAAUCACAUACCCUCAAACAAGUCGCCCACGCACUGGAUCUGCACCAUGUCAGAUCCAAAUCUAGACUUUUGUACUGCUUGGGGAUUGAAGGGUUCCACCUCUGCUUUUAUUCCUGAGGUGGAUGAUGCAAAAGCACUGAUUCCUCCCCCACUACCUCUCAAACGCCACCAGAGGUCACCUGAAUUUGAGACAACUUUAAGCCAGGGCCCACAACUAAAAGCCUUUAAUAUAGAGAGCUCACUGGCAUGCAAGUCUUCUCCUGGAGGCCCCAGUCAAUGCUUGGAUCUUGUCCCAGGGGAAGUACAAGACAUGCACAGUAGCUGCAUAUUUUUACCAAAAGUGGAACAAAAAUGCCACAAAAAUGAACAAACACAGUUUGCUCCAAGACCUCCUCUUACACCACCUAUAAAACCUCCACGGCAUAAUAAGCCAAAAAGGGCUGAGCUAGAGGAAGAAAACACAGGAGACAAGAAGAACAGACAGGAGCAAGAGCUGGUGGAAAGAAAUGAGAAUACAGAAGAGAAUGGAGAAACAUCUAAAAUAGAAAGUCAUCUGCAUAUAGGUAAACCUCCACGGCAGAUCUUAGUAAUAUUUACAGAAUAUUUACAGGAGAAAGGUGGAGAGGACAGGGGGGAGGAAGAUGAAGAACCUAAUAAUAUUGGGUUGACCACUACCUUGACAAAAAAUUCAUCCCUGCUAGCAAUGAAAGGCUCAGACCUUACCUCAGAUGAAGAACCUGACAUGGCAGCAACGAACAGAAAGUCUAUAGUUUCAGUGAAACAAGAACCAACAAUUCCACCACAGCCUCCUCCAAAGUCACAUCAGAAGUGUCGCCCAAAACCACCAAUCAAACCUCCACAGCUCUUCAGCGCCAUGAGGUCCAGGAUAGAAGAGGAAACGGAGAAUAGGAAGCAGGUGGAUGAAUGGUUAAGAGACAAUGGCUUGGUGGACAAAGAAAGGAAUAAAGAGGAAAAUGAAGGAAAGGAUGGAGGAAAGGUAAAUGUAGAUACAGAGUCAAUGAUACCAACCAUGACAGAAAUGCCGUCCCGACCAACAGAAAUAGUAAUGAAAUCCAUCCCCAAGUCUUCAGUGUAUCAGGAGGUAGAAUUGCCAAGAGCAGGGCAAAGAUUUUGUCUCAUGCCCCCUUGUAGAAACAAACCAACGUCAGAAAUCACAACUGAGAACAAAACUCUUCAUCAUUCUCAGCUCCCAGGGAAACAACACCAGAACCAUGCAAAUGAAGUCCAUCAUGGUCCACUUCCAAAAAAGAUUACUAUUCCUGUUCGAUGGGUACAAGACUCUGAAGUAAUUUCUAAGUUGCAAUCUGGACAUCAGGAAGGGACAGAGGUGGUGGGGUCGAAGUUGGAUCCACAUCAGCUGGAUGCACAGGAAAUUGCUGAGAUGCUUUUGGAUGGAGAACUAAAGCAAACAAUCCAGAAGACCAAUGCAAGAGGAAAGGUGAAACAGCUUGCCAAGAAGGUGAUCGGUAGAUUGAAAGAGGGACGAGAGGACAAAAGAAGAAGCAAAGCGCUAGAGAUGGAAACAGAUGAUACUGAACUGACACAGGAUGAAAGGUGGCAUGGGGAGGAAGAAGGGAUGAAGGAUAAGGAGGAAGAGGAAGGGAAUGAUGAAGUUACUGUGGACCAAUCAGCAGUGACAGAGACACAGAGCUAUGCUGGCCUGAUCAAAGGGAGGAUUGCAAGAAGAAAUGCAACAUCUGAAAGUCCUUUCAGCUUCUUUAAAGUCUCCAGUCCAGUGAAGCUAGUGGAGGAACUCCUGUCAGGUGAUGAGUGGUCACAGUUCCUGCACAGAGACCAGAGCCCCACGAAUGACCCCCCUCCAUGCCAGACACACUUGGAGGACACAGGACAGCUCAGUGCAAACUUCCAGUUAAACUCCAGUGGUGAACAGGGCCUCACUCUGGAUGUGUUUGAAGGCAACCAUGCUGUCUCAGAGAAUCCCAUCUAUGAGGAUAUCGACCUGCCAACUAUUAUCAAAGAAGAGCAGCAAACACGUGAGCAACAGCAGAACAGAGCAUGCAGUACUGCUAUUCCAAGUAUACUGCUGGAGAGGGAAACAAAUCCAAUAAGCCCCAGGACCAAAGACAUUUACGAUACAGUGGUGUUUAUGAAGCCUGUGCAGCCAAACUUCUCUGAUGUCAAGUCGCAGUGUGUUCUGAGCACUUCAGUUCAGAAGUACAUCAUCAAGCUUAGCAAGAAGAGGAAACACAGACCACCACAGAAACGGCAUCACCAUAACAGCCAAGCGGAUACCCUCAACCAGUCUACUACCUCCACCUCUCCACAAGUAUUCUCCACCUCCAUAUUCUACAACGCCCCACCUUCAGGAGGAGAGGAGCUGCUCUCUACAGUAAAGCCUGGAGGAAGCAGUCCCAGGAGUCUGGCUAAGAUAAAGACCAUGCUGAGAGGAUCAUCACCAAAGGAGGACAGAGGAAAGUAAUGGAUGCUUCAUCCAUUUUAUUCACAAUGUGUUCAAGGCCAAAAACAGUGUGAACCCAAUGUGACUUUGAAUAUGUUUUUGGUCAUGCCCCUGAAGCGAACAUUUACACUACAGAAUGUUUUAUUUGUGGCAUAAAACAAACAAAAAAAGCCAUCAAAACAAACGUGAGGACUUUAACACACCACUUCAUAAUAUACCUUUUUCACAGCAGCCUUUUUGACAAUAAAUUGUAAUUUAGUGUAGUAGAGCCAUUCCAGUGAGCCAACAUGCACAAUAGCAGCACCCUGACUGUGUUUGACCUGAGUGGAACAGAACCGUAAUUAUCAGCAUCAUUCAACACCUGUGUUUACCCUACUAUUCCAUGUGGCUGCUGUGAAAAAUGCCUAUAGGGCCCAACUUGAAACUGAAGUAUUGGCGCAUGUUAAUCAGCCAAUCAUUGAUGAAUAUGUGACUGUUCCAGGAGAUAAAUGUGCAGUAACCAUGAUUACUUCCUGUAUAUUACACUACAGGUCUGUACCUUGUUUUGUACAUGUUUACUUUAAUAUUAUUUGCACCUUAUGUGUGGUCUGAUCACUCCCAUUAAAUGUUGCACUAUUUAAUCUAUUUUUCUUUUUUUUUUUUGCACUUUUUACUGUACUGCACUGUAUACAGAUGGAAAGGGCAGACAACAGAAUGUCAGUGCAGUGAUGUGGGGAGGAGGGAAGGGACUGCUAACUGAAGGAGCAGACCGGAAGUUAGCCAAAAUGCCAAUUUUGCUUAGAGCACCUUUAAUGCUUAUAGGAAUGAAAGGAGGCGACAUAGUGUGUUGACUGUAUGAAGAGUGUGUGUCAGUGACAGUGUCAGCAUCAGUGUCAGCAUCACCCCAAAUGAAUGCUAAUGUUGCUCUGUGUCUGCUGGAUGUGUAAAAUCAUUUGCUAACAUGUUAAGCACAUCUACUUAAAAGGUGAUGGUAUGUCAGAGUUGUAUGAAUAUGAAAUGAUGGUGCCCGGUUAGCUCAGUGGGUAGAGCUGGCGACCCAUGUACUAAGUCCUUGCUGCA